AAGUACUCCAGAUACUACACGAAGUUUCGAUAACCGCGAGACUUACAAUGGCACCCUCGAAGCGAAGGAAGACUGGCGGAUCAAGGAUGAAGCCUCAAGACAAAAAAGCUAAGUCAGGACCACUUCCUGUCACAGUACUCUCUGGGUUCUUGGGAAGCGGCAAGACAACUCUUCUCCGUCACAUCCUCCAAUCACCGGAUCAUGGUCUCCGAAUCGCUGUGAUUGUCAACGACAUGGCAUCCGUCAACAUCGAUGCCAACCUUGUUACAAGAUCGAACGAGUCCCGCGGCAAGAAAGACAAAGGAGAAAUACGCAUCAAGGAAAAAGUCAUUCAGAUGCAGAACGGCUGCAUCUGUUGCACACUAAGAUCCGAUUUGCUUACUGAACUGGCACGGCUAGCAUGGAGUGACACUGGCUUUGAUCACGUCAUCAUAGAAAGCUCUGGGAUUAGUGAGCCUCAGCAAGUAGCGGAGACUUUCACUGCUGAGCUGACUGAGGCAAUGAUCGACGCUGAAGGUCUGGAGGGCGAGGAGAAAGAGAUCUUCACUAAAGUAGCAGAACUUGGUGGUCUGAAAUCAAUCGCCAAUGUUGACACCAUGGUGACCGUCGUUGAUGCUUUUCGGUUCUUUUCCGAGUUCGACACUGCCGAGUUCCUCCAAGACCGCUUCGGCCGCGAAGAAGUACCGGAAGAGGACCAGCGAACCAUUUCCGACCUCUUCGCUGACCAAAUUGAAUUCGCCAAUGUCAUCAUCGUCAACAAAAUUGAUGCAGUGGACAAGCAGACACUAGGCAGGGUCAAAGCCUAUGUCAAAACACUGAACCCUACAGCGAAGAUCAUCGAAUCGAAGUUCUCCAGAGUUGACGUCAGGGAGAUGCUCAACACUGGUAUUUUUAACUUUGCCGAGGCCGUCGCUAGUCCAGGCUGGCUCCGAAGCCUCCACGAGAUGACCGUGAUGGACGUCCAAGGCAGAAAGCGAGUAGCACCCAAGCCCGAAACUCUAGAAUACGGCAUCGGCAGUUUUGUCUACCGCGCUCGCCGGCCCUUUGACCCACUCAAGCUAUACCGCCUCAUCGAAGGGAUGUUCAUUCUCCUUCAAGAAGAGCCUGAGGACGAAGACGACGACGACGACAAUGAGGAAGAUGGCGAGAGUGACGCUGACUCCGCCUCUGACGACAACACCGUUUCAGCAGGAUCCGACUCUGAUAAGGUGACGGAUGAUGAGGACGACAACCCGCCCAUGUCCGACAAAGAGAUCCUUGCAAACAAAAAGGCAUCUCCUUAUUUCGGUGGGCUCCACCGCAGUAAAGGCAUCUUCUGGCUAGCUACCCGACCCUUCCAAAUGGGCUCUUGGAGCACCGCCGGCGCAAUGCUCACUCUCGGCUCCGAAAUGCCCUGGUUCUGCUGUGUACCCGAAGAAGAUUGGGGUGCAGAUGCCGAUACUAUGACCGCCAUCCAAAAGGACUUCGAAGGCGAGUGGGGCGAUCGACGACAGGAACUGGUGUUUAUCGGUGAAGGUUUGGAUGUUGAUGGCCUCACCAAAGUGCUAGAUUCUUGCUUGUUGAGCAGGGCUGAGAUGAGGAAGUGGGAGAAGGUCAUGUACGAUGGGAAGAUGGACAUGGAGGCCAAGGAAGAGAGGCUUGUAGAGAUAUGGGAUGAUGGCUACUGGGCCGAGUGGGCGAGAGCUGAGGAGGAAGACCAUGAGGGGCACAAUCAUCACUGACCAUAGGUCUCCAAGAUUGCUUCAAUGUUCAGUCUAUACAUAUGUAUUCAUGUCUAGUCAACUUAACCACUGCGCCUCGAGUAGCACUUCUUGCCCUUGCACUUCAGAUCAAAGUAGUCGAGCACC